GAUCUCGAGCCAUGCCUGCGAGUCGAGAGAAAGCAUAGUCCGGACGACCUACACGGCUGAAGCACGAGUCUGAACAGGAGAGCAUUAGGAGGGAAACAGGUCUGAGGCACCGUCCGGCUGCUUCACGAAGAGCCAGGUUCAAGUCGAUGGUAGAGAUGUUACAGUCAGAAGCGUCUUGCUACAAAAUGAAAAUGCUCUGGUUGGCAUGCCAUUACCCCCAAGCCCAACGGUCUCAGAACAAAGUCAUGCAACGUCGAUUCGGACUGACAUAAUUGACCAGAUACCUCCAUGCAAUAUUCCAAUUCAUUGCUGAUGCCAUGUGUCGGGAAAACGAGUGCGGAUGAGAGGAUCGCAUAGUUGCAACAUACAACAUUUGAACGAGGCCCAAGUCAAUUUGAUAACCUGCUGUCGGCGACCGUUCAACAUGACCAUUCUGUUCUGAGCAAGCGCAAUCGAAUGUAACGGAUCCUGAUACAUUUUUUUCAAAUUCAGACAGCACAUGCACCUUUAACUGCGGAGGAGACCGUGUGCUCGAUCAAUGCUUGUUUUGCAACGAGGAACAAGAUACUUGCAAAGAAGUACAAGUGGCUCGGAACUGGCCGAAAAUGAUACAAUUGGUAAGCACAUCAAUUGAUCACUGCAUCAGAGCCGGCUCGUCUCAGAUCUGUUCUCCUUCCACUCUUCUGUUGUAUAUCUGCAGACGAGCAAUGUUCAAGUUCGACUUCGAAAUAGACGACGAAGACAAAACCGCCGAUUUUCUGCUGCCGAAAGAGGCCGAACUGGAGCCGAGUCCCUCGCAAAUCGAGCAAGUCGAGCCGUUUGCAGAACACACUCUACCAGCGCUCCUCGAGCGUCUUCCGCCGCUGAUCUCGUACUCCCCUCUCACGAUCUCUGACGCCGCGUCCAAUGUAACGCUCGCUCGCCGGGAUCUAUUCGACGCGCGAUUCCAGUUGAUCUCGGGAGGGCGCGGUGACGUCGAAUCCGAGUCGGCGGACUCGGCGCUGGAGUUCCUGGAUGCGCCGUCCGACUUGGUGCCAGGGGUGUACGAGGGCGGGCUGAAGACGUGGGAGUGCAGCGUCGAUCUCGCAGGCUAUCUCGAUACGUUGGGCAACGACAAGGGGUCUCGGUUCGCUGGGAAGCGGGUUCUGGAGAUCGGAUGCGGGACGGCUGUACCGUCAAUUUUUAUCCUCUCAAGAUUAUUCAACGGAGUGCAAGACGUCGAGACUGUGGUCGCUUUUCAAGAUUAUAACGCGUCGGUUCUGGAGUUGAUAACUUUUCCAAACGUCGUUUUGGCAUGGUAUAUGUCCCCAGCAUCGGAAGAAUUCCGAAAUUCGGCCACAGACUCAGAGCUCUCUGUCGCAGAUCCGACAGUCGCUGGCGAGCUAAACAUAUCACCGGAACUCAAAACAGCGUUUCUUGACUCACUGAGGAGGCACAAAAUAUCGCUGUUGUUCUACUCCGGUCCCUGGCAGUCGCUUACCGCGCAUCUGACGGAAAAAUACGACGUCAUUCUGACUUCUGAAACGAUUUACCGAUCAGAGUCGCUCGCACAUUUGAUCGCUCUGCUCCGUGCGGCAUGUGCCGGUCCAGCAUCUCAGCCGUUGUGCUUGGUCGCUGCAAAAGUCCUAUAUUUCGGCGUUGGUGGGGGUGUUUCCGAGUUCGUCGACGCUGUGCAGAAAGACCACAAGGGGCGAGUGGAAACCGUAUGGGAAAAGAAAGCCGGGGUGGGCCGUUCCAUCUUGGAAGUCACUUGGCCAUAAUAAGCCCACAACGAAAAGGCGUGUCUAUGAUAGAAAAGCCAACUGCAUCGAGUACCUUCACUCGAAAUCAAAAUCUGCAUCCCAGUCGUCCAAGUUAUCCUCCGGCUCGAAGAAUCGCGAGGCGCGUUCCAUGCGGUAAAUGUUGACCGAAGGCAUCGCAGACAACGGCGCAGAGAAACGGGGUUCGCGUGAACGUGAAUCCGAGAUCCGCUGCGCUCUGAUCAGCUUCAUGGGCGGGGAGGGCGUAAUCAUAACGCGAGGCUUGGGUGUGACGAUACUUGAUUGGAUCUCAGUUAAUAACUCUCGAAAAGUUCGGGAAAAUGGGACAGACUUUUGAGUGAAGAACUCCCACUUCUUGCAACCUCUCUUCAGCGACGACUUCUUGGUUCUCGGACGCUGCAGAGGGGUAAGCGAAAUUCCUAAAAUCUCAAUAGUCGUAUACUCGCCUUGACGAUGUCCCAUUCUCCCUUUGGGAUCCGCUCAGACGAGGUCGACGACGAUUUCGACGGUCGACUGAUGAAGGACUCGUCUGCGCCAGCCAUGAAGGCUACGCGCAGCGCGUGGGCAGCAGCCCGGGUCGGAGUGUGGAGGAUGCUUUGAACUGUCAUUUUGGUGGAGGGGAAGAUGGAAUUAGCCAGCGCUUUUGCCCUUUCUUUAUACUAGGCGCUCGUCCUGAUUGUGAGGUCAAUGGCUUUGAUGGGUGGCGAUCAGGCGCAUGUAUUGUUCGCGAAGUUGACAAUAUGAGGCGUGCUUGGCGGAUUAAUUUUUCACUUGGGAGAAGACAAUGGUAAAACGCCCUUGAGACGGUUGAGGGUUCGCGACAAUGCAGAUCCUGGGUGAUUCUGUAGAUUCGUUC